AAAAGUACUUUGACUGCGCCACUGUUACACAGGCCGGAUGUACUUUUUACUUUUACAAGUGUACAUCUCUUAAAUCGGGUCUUUUCUGACUGGACUCUGGCAGCUGCUGCAGUCAGGAAACAGGAAGUUGAUUAACUGUGACGUAAAACAGCUAAACAAACAAACGGACUUCAGUACAAAAAGAAUCACUUUGAGCCCCAGAGGGCGCUGCUGUUCCUCCAGGCUGCUUCGGCAUGGCACGUGAUGACGUAAGCCUCUCAGUAUACGUCACGCCGGGGUGAAACCCGGGGGUCGGUGUCCGGAGGAGCACAGAGGAGCGGAGGAGCCGCCGAAGGAGCUGAGAGGAGCUGCCACGUCCAACAUGAGACUCAUCCUCAUCUCGCUGCUCUUCUCGCUCGGACUCGGUGCUCAGCAGCUGUCGCUGUCGGGGAUGUACGGCAGCCUGUGCUCACCAAACUUCCCGGAGCCGUAUCCCCGGGACAUGCAGCUGCGCUGGAACGUCAGCGUUCCUGACGGCUUCCAGAUCAAGCUCUACUUCAGCCACUUCGACCUGGAGCCGUCUUACCUGUGCGAGUACGACUACGUCAAGGUGGAGGCUGAGGGGGAGGUGCUGGCGUUGUUCUGUGGGAAGGAGCAGACGGACACGGAGGCGGUGCCGGCUCAGCAGGCCCUCACUUCCCCCAGAAACUCCCUCAGCCUCCUCUUCUCCUCCGACUUCUCCGACGAGGAGCGGUUCUCCGGGUUCGUGGCUCACUACAGCGCCGUGGACGUAGACGAGUGCAGCGAGCGGAGUGGCGAGGACGCGCUCUGCGAUCAUUUCUGCCACAACUACAUCGGAGGAUACUACUGCUCCUGUCGCUAUGGUUACCGGCUGCACUCUGACAACCACACCUGCAGAGUGGAGUGCAGCAGUGAUGUGUUCAGGGAACGCUCCGGAGUUCUGAGCAGCAUUGACUUCCCUGCUCCGUACCCAAAGAGCUGCGAGUGCUUGUACCGCAUCGAGGUGGAGGAUGGCUUCAGGCUCCGCCUCCAGUUUGACUCACACUUUGAUGUGGAGGAUCACCCUGACGUCAGCUGUCCCUAUGACUACAUUAAGAUUAAAGCAGGAAGUGCUGUGUUCGGUCCGUUCUGUGGCGAUCGAUCUCCAGGAGUCAUUCAGACCGACAGCAACGUGGCCUCCAUCGUGUUCCACAGCGAUAGCUCUGGAGAAAACCUCGGCUGGAGGCUCGGCUACACGGCUACAGGAAGUCAAUGUCCCGUGCCCAAUACUCCGCCCAACGCCCUGAUGAACCCCUUCCAAUCAGAAUACUUCUUUAAAGACCACAUCCUGUUCACCUGUGAGCCUGGAUACCACCUGCUGAAGGACGGAGGUCACCUGGAUCACUAUCAGAUCGACUGCCGGGCCGAUGGAUCGUGGAGCGACAGUCCUCCUCCGUGCCACAUGGUGGAUUGUGGGAGUCCAAAGAUGGUCGACAUGGCUGACGUGGUGUUUGGUAACCAUGACAACAGCACACUGUUCGGUGCGACCGUUCAGUACGUGUGCAGGGAGGGCGGCGUCCAGCUUAACACUUCAUACAGGUGUGGUCUGAGUGGAGACUGGGUUGAUUCAGAAGGAAGGAGCACAGUACCCACCUGUCUGCCAACCUGCGGCCAGCCAUCCCGCCCUCUCCCCCCUCAGGUGAAGCGGAUUGUGGGCGGUCGUAGCGCUGAGCCUGGCUUCUUCCCCUGGCAGGUCCUGCUCAGUGUGGAGGACCUGUCCAGGGUCCCAGAGGAUCGCUGGUUCGGCUCUGGGGCCCUGCUGUCGGAGUCCUGGGUCCUCACAGCUGCCCACAUCCUGCGGUCCCUGAGGAGGGACACCAGUGUCGUUCCCGUGGCCGCUGACCACGUCAAGGUCUUCCUUGGUCUCCAUGAUGCCAGAGACAAACGUCGGGCCACCAACCUCUCCGUAGACCGGAUCUUCCUCCACCCGGACUUCCAACCCAACAACUACAACAACGACAUCGCCCUGCUGAGGCUGAGUGAGCGGGUGGAGUUUAACCAACUCAUCCGUCCAGUCUGUCUCCCACUGCCUCACACACAGGAUGACCCCCUGGCACCUCCCCCCAACUCUCUGGGUGUGGUUGCUGGUUGGGGAAUCUCCAACCCCAAUGCCUCUGCUUCUUCCUCCCCCUCAUCCACUCUGACCUUUGACCCUGUGUCGGACACCGACCUCGAGAUGACCUCUGACCUCCUGCAGUAUGUGAAGCUGCCUGUGGUCUCCCAGGCCGAGUGUGAGGCGAGCUACGCCUCGCGCUCCGUCAGCUACAACAUCACUGACAACAUGUUCUGUGCCGGCUUCUUCGAGGGGGGGCGGGACACCUGCCUAGGGGACAGCGGGGGUGCAUUUGUAAUGGAGGACGAGGUCAGCCGGAGGUGGGCGGUGUUUGGGUUGGUGUCCUGGGGUGGACCAGAGGAGUGCGGGAGUCUGAGAGUGUAUGGAGUCUAUACCCGAGUGGCCAAAUACGUGGAGUGGAUACAGAGCCACCUUCACGCUGCCCCCUGGUGGUGAUGCUGGGUUUUUUAACACUUUGUUUUUAUUGGUAGUUUUGUAUAUUUUUUACAAAACAUUCAGACAUUAACAAGUACAGAGCACUAGGCUUGCAAAGAUGCAUUAAAAAAAAGGUAUCCAUUUAUGGUACAAUCAAAUCAAACAGGUGAAUUACAGCGAUGAUACUUUUGGUACCAGAAUUUAUAAUAUUUUUCCAUUCAAGUAAAGGUCCCAUUUUUUCCAUUACUUCUCAAAUUUAUCAGCAGCAAGUCUUAAUGAAAAAGUCUCUCCAUUGUGUAAAUUUCCUUGGUAAUGCCUAUCCAGUCCAAAAAUGACGGUGGAGCCACGUUUAGCCAUUUGCGAGUUAUGGCUUUCUUUGCACCAGCCAGUAGUUUUAAUAAAAGGUAUUUGUCCGAUUUCCUCAGUCCUUGGUAUGAGGGGAAACAUCAGCGAAAGGCCUGCUCAAAAUGACACCCUUGAGCGACAGUUGGAAAACAUCGCGGAACGG